AUGUAUCAUAUGAUGUCCACAACAACAGAUAAUGCUACUACCGUUGGUUCCACCGGCAUCGUACACUGCCAACAGAAUGCAAAUUAUGUUACAAUCUUAGCGAUUUAUGACGAACCGAGCUUUGCUGUAGUGGAUUCGGCUUCAACAAAUGCUUCUCGGUUUGCCACCAAUGGAACAAUUUCGUUAACGUCUUCGUUAGCAACUGCAAAAACUGUCGCAUCAGCAGAGAGUCCCCUGGAUGGUAAAUUGAACAUCAUUUCAAGUUCCAGCGAUGGUGACAUUGUUGAAAUAACGAGCAUUGCUAUACCGCCGACUGAUGGUUUACGAGUGAUUUCGGACAAUGCCCACACAUUGCAACAGAAGCCAUCCUCAUCCUCAGUUAUAACGAGUCCUGAAUCUGUUUCUUCGCAAUGCCUUCCAUCGACACAGUUCGAUCAGAAACACAAUGAUAUGUCGAACACGUGUCGUGUUUAUCAUUCCGCCCUAAAAAAUAGCGGGUCACCGAGAAGUAAAUAUCGAGUUACUAUAUCUCCAGAUGUUGAUUGUCAACCAUCUCAAGAAUCGCCAAUUUUUACAAAAGAAUCACUGAUGACACGAACAUCCGCUAGGAAAUCACGUCUAACCGAUAAUUUUUUCGAUGCCAAAGAACGAUUGGAAGAAAAAUUAGCAGAUGGUAUCAACAGUCGUGUAGUAAAAGGUGACAUGAAAAGUCCAAAAUUAAUACCACUGAUGGAGGCAGCAAAUCGAGGACAAACGGUGAUAAUACUUUCAGACAGUACUAUCAAUAUGAAGUUGGGUAUUGAGAUUUCACCUGUAUAUGAUCCAUCAAAUGAUAUGCGUUUACAAGCUGUAGAGAUUAGGCAAAUUGACGAUGAAGGUCGGGUGAGCAGCGAUGGGCGUCUUCGAAUUGGUGAUCGUAUUGUGGAAAUCAAUCAGCGUCCUGUUUAUCAGAUGUCGAUCUCAAGAGCACGUGCCUAUUUACACGAAAUACAAGCAAUUGCUCAUCCAAGUUUGACAAUCGAUCGCUCCAUAGAGACAUUUGCAAGCGAUACGAUCUCUCAUCAUAGUCAGUCAUCAACGAGCAGUUUGCAAAAGCGGCCAAUUCUCUCUGCACUGCAGCAAGCCAAUACAACAGCUCUUGGGAUAACAUUUCCAGUUGAAAUUGUUAAAAGAAGAGGCGGGUUUGGUUUUACCGUAACAAGUCGUGAAACUGCUAAAGGUGAACGACUGUUUUAUAUUGGAACUGUGAAAGCAGGUGGUGCUGCGGUAAAUAAAUUAAGAGCUGGCGAUCGGUUGUUACAGAUUAAUGGUAGAAAAACAGCUGAGUUUACCCAAAGUGAUAUGGUCAAGCGUCUCAAAAAACUGGAUGUUGGUGAUUCAAUAAACUUACUAGUUUCUCGAAUUGGAAGUCAGGAAAACGAAAACCAGAAUCCAUUGGUAGUAACAAAUAAUUAUAACAGUGAUAGUGAACAUUAUCACCAGGAAAGAGCGAGUGAAGGAACGGAACGAUACGGGGAGGAGAUUUUGACGUUGAAGAUUGCCUUAAAUGAAACGGGAAGUGCUGGAUUAGGUGUAAGUUUAAAAGCAAGAGCCGUUAUGAAGCCUGAUGGUACACGUCAUGAUUGUGGAAUAUUUAUCAAAAAGGUCUUGCAUGGUGGUGCUGCUUAUAAAGAUGGAAGAUUACGAUUGAAUGAUCAGUUGAUUGGAAUCGAAGAUACUGAUUUGAGACGAAUGACAAGGAAUUCAGAGGCUAGUGAUGCUAUCACUAGAUGUUUGAAAAACCUAGGACCGAACGCAAAUGAUGUAUGCUUACGAGUAGCAAGAAAGGUUGAGCUAAACCACAGCAAUGCUUUUCCAAGUGUAAGAAGUUCGACAGACGAAUCUUGGACUCCAAAUUGUGAGAGUUCGAAAAUUUAUGAUAGGUCUCAAACAAAGUCUGCAGAUGAUGAUAAUGCGACUGCAAAGAAACAAGAAACGCCAAAUGGUUAUAAUGCAGACGUACCAAGAUUUAGUAGUUCGGACGAUCGUCCUUUAAAUGCAAAUGGAGAUUUUGAUUCCACCGCAAGCGAUAGGCAGAAAUACCUAUCAGAAGAUGAAAUAAGUCGUACUGGUGGUAGUGGUUUUAAUCGGGAAAAUCCUGCCAGAAGAUCGAUAUCGGAAAAGCGGCAUAUGGGAGUUGGAAUGGAUGCGAACAGCACAAUGCUUUUCCAAAAAAUCAAACAUAACCGUCAAAUGAGUGCUCCUCUCUUGCAUCGUUUCGUUCCAUUUAUUAGUCCAACACACAAGUCACUUGCAAUGUUUUCUUCACGGAGUGCCGUAUCACUUCGAGAAAAAUGCCGUCGAAGGAGCUUAGUAUCACUUCAGUCGUCUGAAGAAAAAACUGUCAGUGGAAGGUCUAUAGAAAAGCGUGAACAACGUAUUCCCAUAUCUGCUAGUUACGUCAGCAGCACUAAUAAUGAGAGCACAAAUGUGGCUUCUUCGUCAUCAUCUCCUAAUCGUCGUUCAUUAAGCCUAGAAAGUAUGGAUACGCACCAAUCACCAGCGCUGGCAAUUGUAUCAGCUCAUUCUAAUGGACCAGCCAUUCGAGAUACUCGAAUAGAGCAAACUGCAAAACGAGGCCAUCCGAGUACUCUCAAGCGAUCACAAAAAUCUCGAUGUAAUGGCUAUAUCAAGCCAUCUAUUUCUGAUGCGGAAGAUCAAACAUCUGCAGGAAAAGGUCGGGAUGAGUCUUAUGCAUCGUUACCCCGAGAAAUUUCUGCUACUUCUAAGGAAAAACAGCAGCGAAGGAAAUCAGUUGGAGGUAGCAUAUUUUCAAAGAUUACUCAGCGAUUCGGUGGUUCGAGAUCGCGUGAUACAUCUCCAGAAAAAGCGGUAUCAUUCGACAUUGCUGAAAGCAAGUCUUCCAGAGAUAAAUCAAAUAGGACACAAGAUGAUCGAGAAUGGAGUAAAGAAAGCAGAAGUAAUCAGUCAAUACGCAAAGCACCACCACCGUACAAACCAUCAUCCUAUGACAUUUUGCAGUCAACAGAUCCUACUUGCUAUGUGAAUGAAGUGCUUGGAACGCAUAAAACAGAAACUGUUUGCAGCGGAAAGGAAUUACCCGCUGGUGGCUAUAUACGGGUUGCAAAUUCAAAGUUCUACAAUAGCUUUGUUGAGAGGGAAAAGGUGUGCUGGAAUGGAGAGGACAAUAUCAGACAGCAGUUCGCAACAACGAAUACAAUUGCGGAAAAGGAAGGAAUUCAUCCGUCAAUCGCCAAACAAGGAAUGGAUGUGGUGAUGAGUUAUAUGCGCACCUCCGCCAACAGCAGCGGCAGCAAUAUGCAAACCAUCCGCAAUGUUGUUAUGAAAGACGACGCGAGCAGCAGCAACAACGUGUGGCCUAUUACACGGGAUACAGCACAGACUAUUACGACGCCUUCAACGCUUGGUUUGCGUACAGUUCAGCUACCGCAUGCAGAAAUAUACCUAUCAUUACAAGAGGAAGAAGUGGAUAUCCAUCCCAGCACACUUACUUUUCCGCAGCAGCAGAAACAGUGUCAUCGAGCAGAGCAGCAGUACAACAAAUUCACCAUCAAAGAUUCCGAUCAUGUCCAAUUCAGUUUUCCUCAUCAGGAAUGCGAACGAAACAGAGUAUCGAAAGGACUGGUCCCUACUACGCAACCGGCUAUGACCUCCAUUCCGGCCGUAUUUCCGACUUCUAGAAAUUUCUUUUUUGCUCCUUCUACACGGAUGUCUGGAUAUCGAACUAAUGAUUCACAAGCAAAAGCCCCUUCGAGUUUGCGAAAUCGUACUCAAUCAGUUUUCACUCGGCCGCCCAAAGAAUGUGCAUUAGCUGAAUCAAGAAAUUCUCUGAAAUCUCAAACAUCUAUGUUCACUAAUAAGCACUCCUACCAAAACAAACAACAGCAGUCGACGCAGAAUUCUUCCACUCGAGAACCAGUGCUGCUGUGUCCCUACCAAUCUCAGGAAAAGCAAACCCCGGGCUUCCCUGACAGUUUCAUCCGAUCACCUCAUCCUUCCGCAUCGCAUUUGCCUUAUACUUUUGAUGAAGAAGCUACUUUUUCGUCUCCAACUUACUUGCAAACAUUGCUGGAAUCACCAGCAAAAAUUUGCAAAGAUGCAAAUGUGCUUAAUGUCCCGAAACCAGUCAAAUACAUCAAAAUUCAUUACGGACCAUCUCAUCAAUCACCUCCUAAACAACAACCACUACGAGCUCGAACUAUGACUGUCCAAUCUCCAAAUAGUGAUUCGCUUCAGCAAUCUCAACAGCAAACUACGAGUGGAUUUGAUUAUCAGAAAUAUCUUCGAUCGACUCGUCGAAAUCGUAUAAACGAUCAGAAACAACGAAUAACGCUUAUUGCAGCGGUACCUGAUGAAGCAGUGUUUAUGAGAGGGACUACGAUUUGUCGUGUCCCUCGUCCUAAUACCAUAUAUAAUGCUACUAGUAGUAGUUAA